GCCAUGUUAAAUAGGUACUGCAUAGUACACCCUCCUCUUCAUCAUCUCAUUCAUUCACUCUUGCUUUCAUAGCUCAACUGAGAUGCUCCCAAUACCAGAGCUUUUCCGAUGAGUCAUCACUGAAUGAAAAUAUUUAUUUGGCUUCAAAAUGAGCUCCUGCAGUUUGAAAUGCUCAACAAACGGACUACUGCAUGGCGUGCUGGAGAACAUAGAUGAAAAUGGAGGUAUAGUGAGCGGAACAGAGGGGUCGUCGGCGCCGCCGCCAGAAACUCCAACGGAGUCGAUGGAGUUUCUGGCCAGAUCGUGGAGUCUCUCAGCCAUGGAGAUCUCCAAAGCUCUUUCCCACACACGUGUGAACGUUGCUUCCAAGACCCUUGACAAGUCAGCGUUCAGUUCUGAUGAUGGUGUUGAAUCACACGACAGAAGUGCCAUGCGUUUAAUGGAAUCUCAGUUACCCAGUGGAGUUAGCCCUCCAGUUUCGCCAAGAGACAGUGAAGAGAUGAAGGAGUUACUUUUACUACACCAAGCACUCCACCCAGACUUCCUUUCCAGCCAGCAACAAUUUCUCAAUCAUGGGAAUGCAAAUACGGGCAGAGGGAAAGAGGGUGUCCGAAAAUCAUUUGUCGUCGUAAUUUUUCAAUUCCUCAUUGUUGUAUCCCUGCAGCUAUACAAGAGCAUUUUGCGAGGGAAAACAAUGGGCAGAUGGUUAAAAGAUCAGAAGGAGAGGAAGAAGCAUGAAAUCCGAACCCAAAAUGCGCAGUUGCACGCUGCUGUUUCUGUGGCUGGGGUUGCUGCUGCUGUAGCAUCAAUUGCAGCUUCAACUGUAUUUCCUGAAACAUCAGCUGCCCACCAGAAAACACCAGUAUCCGAAUUGAGGACGGAAACAUCAGCUGCGCUAGCAUCCGCAGCAGCUCUAGUCGCUUCGCGUUGCAUUGAGAUUGCGGAGGAAAUGGGAGCUGAGCAUGAUCAUAUUCUAUCAGUUGUCAGUUCUGCAGUUAAUGCAAGGACUAAUGGAGAUAUCAUGACCUUAACUGCAGGAGCAGCUACAGCUUUACGCGGAGCUGCCACACUUAAAGUGAGGCUGCAAAAGGAGUAUGGUGGCACAACUGUUGCUCUGGCCGAGGAGAGAUGUGAAGGCAACCAAUCAAAUGCAGCAUUGAACUUUGUCUCAAAGGGUGGGGAGCUCCUUAAACGUACGAGGAAAGGUGCUCUUCACUGGAAGAGGGUUUCUUUCAAUACUAACUCAAAUGGGCAGGUUGUAGCCAAAAUGAAAAGCAAGCAUAUGGCGGGAACAUUUACGAAAAAGAAGAAAUGUGUGGUCUCUGGAGUCUACUGUGACAUCCCAGCUUGGCCCGGCAGGGAAAGAGAAGACGGCAGCAAACCAAGGGCAUACUUUGGGAUAAAAACAGCUGAAAGGACAAUAGAAUUUGAAUGCAGAAGUCAAGGUGACAAACAUAUGUGGACUGAAGGGAUCCGUCAUAUGUUGAAUUUCAUGCCAACAUAACACAAUUCCAAGAAAGGUUAAAAUUUGGAUUUAUGUAAAAUUGAACGUGUUAAGUUUUUCACAACAAUCAACGUGCAGUUAUCUCAGAAUCCAAUUCUAUAUCUACGUUUCGGUGGGAAAGAAUGGAACUUAUAACAACUGUUACUAUCUUAUACAAAGUAAUGCAUCUACAAGUUUGGUUUUAA